AUGGCUAUACAUCCCAGGCUUCGGCCCGAAGCUUCCCAGGGCAGCUUAUCGCCACAGCAGACUAUGGCCAUCUCCGCGUGGACCGAGCAGGCCGCGGCUUCAUUGCAGGAUUUGACCCUUUCCGAGUCUACCACCAGCAGAGCAGAUCCGACUUCCACACCCUCCCGUUCCAGCCUGCGCGGCACUACCGUGUCACUUACCAUCCCUAUCGAUGACCACACUCCAGCUCCCUCGUCGCAAGUCAAAAUCGUCGCCUCGGGCGAGUCUCGCCCUCCGACGGUUAGCUUCCGGCGGCGCGAACCCCUGCGUCGGGAUAGCUUAAAGCGGCGCGAGGCCCUUCUCAAGGGAAAGGAUGGAAGUCGGCGGCGACAGCGCUGGGAAAAUGACCGCCUGCUACACAACCCGUGGGCCGAACCCCCGUCCCCGCAUGACUGGUCCAUCCAGCCUACAUAUCCUCGCCACGACCCGAUGCCCUACUACCUCGCACCACUCUGGGACGUGCACUACGCAAAGAUGGCCGACCACCACUCCGCCCGCAAGAACGCGCAGACUCCCGCAAAGCACCGCGUCCCCAAGGACCUGCGGCUGAAGCUGAAGCAUGCGCGCGCCGCGCGCGGGAUGCUCCAGGAUCUGGAAGAUGAUAUUCGUCUUUUCAUCCGUCAGUGGAAUGACAAACAGGUGUUCCUAGCUAGUGAGGGGUUGGCAGAUGCGCCGGAGGCCGAGGAGGACUCGGAGGAUGAGAUUGUCUUUGUUGGUCGGAAUGGUCAGAUGCAUGAUGCGCCGGAGCGGCAGCAGAGAUUGCAGCAGAUGCGGGAGGAGAUGAACCUGCAUCAUGAACGGGAUGGGGAGAAGAUGGUGUUUGAGAGUUUGGUCGAGGACCGGGCUGCUGGUUUUGGUCGCUGGCUAGUUCACUCCAUCGCCUCCUACUACGGCCUGCAUACCUGGUCCGUCACCGUGGGCGAACCCGCUCGCCGAGAGGCGUACGUGGGUUUCCGUCCCCCUGUCCCGGGCAGUCGAGCUGGACUCGUUACGCAUCCGACCUGUCGUGCGGAGGAGCUGAUCAAGCCGGGCGAGGAGCUCCCGCAGCCCCUCUAUGCGCAGGUCUAA